AUGGGUGCUUUCCUCCCUUGGUACACCUUCACUGCUGUCAUUCUCCUUAUAAUUCAUGGAGGAUUGUGCGUGGAUAUCAUUGGAGGAAAUGAAGUACAGCCACACUCGAGACCAUUCAUGGCCCAAAUCAAGGGACCAGGAGGAAUUAUUUGUGGAGGAGCUUUAAUUAAGGAAAACUGGGUGUUAACAGCUGCACAUUGUAAAGUGGGAAAAAGCAAAGUUAUUCUUGGAGCCCAUUCAUCAAAAAAAAGAGAAAAAGAACAGCAAGCUUUUCAGAUUGCAAAAGGCAUUCCUUAUCCAUGCUACGACCCCAGUACCAAGGAAAAUGACAUUAUGCUGCUUCAGCUUCGGGGAAGAGCAAAAUUUAAUAAAGCUGUGCAACCAAUCCCCCUGCCUCCUUCAGAUGAUGAUCCCAGACCAGGAACAGUUUGCACAGUAGCAGGAUGGGGUGUAACUACCAAUCAUCCGGGCAAGUUCCCUACUGCCCUGAUGGAAGUCAAUAUCACUGUCAUCAGGAGGGAAAUAUGCAACGAUAAAAAUCAUUAUAACGGCAAACCUGUCAUAACAGAGAACAUGAUAUGUGCAGGGGCUAAGAAUGGAAAAAAGGAUUCGUGUAAUGGGGACUCUGGCGGACCUUUAAGAUGUAAUAAUAUUAUGAAAGGCAUCACUUCAUUUGGGAAGCAGAAGAAAUGUGGCGACGCUGGUGGCCCCGGUGUCUACACCCGACUCACAAAGCGACACCUUGAGUGGAUAAGGAAAACCAUAGGGGGGGCCUAA